GUUGUUUUUGUACAAUCUGUGGUUAAGACAAAAUAAAUACUGAAAAUUAAAGUUAUAGGUAUUUUGACUAGAAUUGAAUUAGUUGAAUAUUAUCAUCAUGUCUAGAGCUGCUAUAUCUGACAUAUUUAACGAAUUUCAAGAACAUAUUACACAUGAGCAAGAAUUACGAGAAGAAAUUCGGACUAUUGUGAAAGAUAUUGAAACAAUUGCUCGAGAAGCUAUUACUACAUUGCAAGUAAUUCACUAUGAUGUAGCAAUGAUUGGGAAUGCUUGUUUGAAGACACGAACUCUCUUAGCGGAUGUCAAUGAAAAAUAUUCUAAAUUAGUUAGUGUUGUACCCCAUGGUCAAUAUUAUAGGUACAAUGACCACUGGCGGUUUGUUACUCAACGCUUGACAUUUGUUUGUUCUUUAUUAGUUUAUUUAGAAGCUGGAAUCCUCAUAAGUAGAGAAACAGUUGCCCAAAUAUUAGGUAUAAGUGCUGAGGCACAAUAUGAUAAAUUUCAUUUAGAUAUUGAAGACUUUUUAAUGGGCUUACUUCAAAUGUCUUCAGAAUUAUCUCGUUUUGCCAUUAAUGCCGUAACAAAUGGUGACUUUUCAAGACCACUUUUAAUAGCUCGUUUUGUGGCAGAUCUCAAUGCUGGUUUUAGAUUACUAAAUUUGAAGAAUGAUGCUUUGCGUAAAAAAUAUGAUGCAUUAAAAUAUGAUGUAAAAAAAAUAGAAGAAAUUGUUUAUGAUCUGAGUAUUAGAGGGCUUAUAACAAAAGACUCAAACCAAGUUGAAACAUGA